GUUUUUGUUAGUGGUUUAAGAACAUUGUAUUGUAAUCAGAAUAGGCGAAGAAGAUGCAGAGAGAUGUUGAAUAUCUUUGUAAGUCAAGCAGGAUUGACCAGAGUUCAACUUUCUUUAUGUAGGUUUAGAAAUUGGUGAAACAGGUUAGCUCUGUUGCAGCAGAACAAAUGGCCCCAUCAUCCUCAGGUACCUCCAAACAGAUCCAACAAUACAAUAUCAGCGAAGCUGGAGGUUGCAGAUCUGAAAGUUGUCUUUUUUUAGAAUGUGACAGGUGGUAGACUGUUCUAGUUGUCUCUUUCGGUGCACCCUUAUCUCCAUUUCCACAAAAACAAAAUCUAGAGAGACAAACCGAUCAAACUCUACUUGCUCAGAGUUAUGUGUCUUAGAGAACUGAAAAAGAAGAAUAGGAGAAGAGAGAAAACUUUGAACAGAAGAUGAACAACCGACUAGAGAAGGAGGAGAUGGUGGGGAUAAAGGGAAAUAAAUUUGUUGUGAUUGGGGGGCUGGGUUUUGUGGGUUCUGCACUCUGCUCAGAGCUUAUAAGAAGAGGAGCUAGUGAUGUUCGAAUCUUCGAUUUUCUUGCUCCACCAACUAGUACUUGUUCAUCAGAAAGUCGUUGUUAUGAUGACCUUAAGAGGAUUGGAGUUAAGUUCAUCCAAGGAGAUGUAAGACAGCAAACAGAUAUUGAGAGAGCUUUACGAGAUGGGGCAGAUUGUGUUUUUCAUCUGGCAUCUUAUGGCGCAUCUGGGAAAGAAAUGCUCCAAGUUGAGAGAGUCGAAGAGGUGAAUAUAAAUGGAACCUGCCAUGUAGUCGAUGCUUGCCUAGAGUAUGGCAUCAAGAGACUUGUUUAUAUGAGCACUAACAGUGUAGUCUUUAGAGGGAAGGAGAUAGUGAAUGGGAAUGAAGAAAAUUCAACUUAUUUACCCAUGGAUGACUACCAUUAUGAUCCCUACGGACGGAGUAAAUCCGCUGCUGAGCAGUUGGUUCUCAAGAGCAAUGGUCUCCUAUCUCAGAACGGGAGUACCCGCCUCUAUACAUGUGCAAUACGUCCCGGAAUUAUCUAUGGUCCCGGAAUUAUCUAUGGGCCAGGUGAACAAGGCUGCGGCCUGCUUCCUAGGAUUGUAUCUGUAUCCAAGUUGGGUUUGUUGAGAUGCAAAAUUGAUAAAGCACCAAACAGUCAGGAUGCCAAGACAGAUUGGGUUUAUUUGGAUAACCUUGUGCAUGCCUUAAUUUUAGGAAGCGUGGGACUGGUAAGAAACUUGGGUGGUGGUGGGAGAGAAGAACAUGAUUGCAAUGACCCAGUUGCUGCUGGGAAGACGUACUUUAUAUCCGAUGGAUGUCCUGUCAACACUUUUGAAUUUACUCGUCCAUUGCUGAGAAAUCUGGAUCAUGACUUGCCUAAGUACACAUUAGAUCUUUCCUAUGCAUUACUGUUUGGAAGAAUCUUUUGGGCUCUUUACAGAACACUCUUAUAUCCAUGGUUGGACCACUCCUGGCUCCCGCAGCCGCUUAUCCUCCCGGCGGAUGCGUAUAAGGUUGGUGUCACCCACUAUUUUUCAAUCCAAAAAGCCAAGGAGGAACUCGGAUAUGUUCCGCAUGUAACCCCACAAGAAGGCAUGUCAAAGACCAUCUCGUACUGGCAAGAAAGAAAAAAUAGGGAGCUGGACGGACCCACAAUAUAUCCAUGGAUUUUCUGUCUGAUUGGCAUCCCUUGGUUGUUUGCUGCUGCUUUCUUACCAAAUGUUGGUCCUGUAAAGCCCUUCAAAGCCAUCAGCCUCUUCUUUUACAGAUCAUUGCGAAAUGCACAAAUCGGUUUCGUCAUAGUUACACUGGUGCAUGUUGGCGAGGCUAUGUACGCUUGGUAUUUAGCAAAAAAGGUGGAUCCGUCAAAUGCUAAUGGAUGGUUCUGGCAAACUCUGAUUCUCGCUACAUUUUCGUUGCGCUUCUUAUUGAGGAGAGCCAGAAACAAGAAGAUCACCAAGUAAAUGAGCGAUAUAUGAAUUGUAUUUUUCUUUAGUUAAUGUACAUUAUCAGCACAUUUUUCUUGCUUUUGCUCUUUGGCUUUCCUAAUGGCAGUUCUGUUUUUAACUUGACUGGUAAGUAGGGAAAUGGUGGCAAGCUUGACAAUGAUUUACGCGUUUA